GCCACCCCACCCCGACCCCAUCACCCGCCAGCCCAGCCGAGGGGGUCACCGUCUGACCGCAGGCACCCCCGCCCCUGCCCGGCUCUAGGGGCCAAGACUCCCGGGUUGGUGGUGGGGGGGGCUGGGGGGACCCUGCCCACACCCCCCCCCCCCGGAGGGUGCGACAGGGCUGGCUCUCACGGCAGCCCUCAGGGCUCGGGAAGGGGAAGGAGCACCCCAGCCCCCCGCUUUCCAGGUCUGAGAUGCAGCUGCAGCCCCAUGCAAAACGGCAGCAGAAACCACAUCUGAGCAAAACACGCCGUGGUCUCGCUGCUUUGAGAGUGCGGAGCUGGGGGGGGGGGGGGGAGGGAUGCUGAUGGGACCCCGUGUCGCGCUCCCCAAGGGUGCACAGGUUCCCUGGACAGUCCCAAGGGCAGAUCUGCUGAGCACCGGGAGGUCAGGGCAGUGAAAGCAGCCUCGGCAUGCCUCCCCAGCCCAGCCCUGGACCCACAUCUGCGCUAGCUGCCGUCCCCACCGCUCGCUGCCCCGAAGCUGGGGGUGCAGGGUUCCCUCAUGCCAGGAAAGUCUGGGUGCCAGCCUGGCCGAGGGUCCUCCUUGUCCCAGUUGCUGGCAGCGCUGUGACCCCCCUAGAGCUGUGGCCCAGGUGGUGCCCCUGGGGACCCCAUCAGGAAGUGACACUUUCCAUUUUGCGUCACACCCAGCUGCCAAAGGGGGCCGAGAAGGUGGGUUGCCGCUUCCCUUGUGGGGCACAGAGCGAGAGACCGAGGGAAGGAUGGACGAGGGGGUCACCUACGCUGAUCUGCGCCUGCCCCCCACACCAGCUCCUCAGCAGCUGGUGCGUCUGCCCUGGUGCUGGGCAGCCCUCAGCCUGGCUCUCCUCUCCCUGCUGCUCCUCUUGGCACAAAUCAUCCUUGUCAGCUUGAGCUUUCACUAUUUAAUGCAACAGGAGAGCUGCAUCCACGGUCCCUGGAGCAUGGAGGAGAGCUCCAGCUAUGGUCAGCCGUCACUGCGAGGGCGAUGCCAGUUCUGCCCGGCUGGCUGGUUCUGGGACGCGGGGCGGUGCUACUACUUCUCCUCUGACAAAAAGAGCUGGGAGAAGAGCAGAGAGGACUGCUGCUCCAGAGGGGCACAGCUGGUCACCGUCCGAGCCAACACCACCCUGGCUUUCCUGCUGCGCACAGCCAACAUGGGAGUCUUCCACGUGGGGCUGAAGCGGGAUGGCUCCAGGUCUGACUGGAAGUGGCUGGAUGGCACAGCGCUGAAAGGGCUCUUCCCAAUCCAGCGCUCCACCAGCUCCUUCCUGACCUGCGGAAGGGUGUCGGGCUCGGGGCUGUCAGGCGGUCUGUGCGGGGAAGCCCUCGGCUGGGUCUGCGAGCAGAGCGCAGCCACUCUGCAGUGGCUCCGGUCCUCGCCCCCUGCCUUCCUCUGGGGAAACACCACCUACACCUGUGUGGUGCCCUGAUGACUGUGGGGACCUCCAGCCUAUCCCACCACCUUGAUCCAUGCUCAACCCCAGCACAUGGGCAUCCCCGGGCACCUCCUCACUCAGACCUCUUUACCCCCCUGGAUACACUUUGACAAUACCCCCCUGGAUGCACUUUGACAAUAAACUCUGGCGCUUGGA